UACAUGCAUGUAAAAGUUCAUACAAAUAAAUAUAGAAAUUUACAAUGAAUUUAAAUGAUAAUAAAGUAGUAAAGCACCAAUGAAAAUUGUCGUAUAAUGUCUUUGGACAACUCAACUAUGCAUGAUGGUCAUAGUUCUAAGUGCUAAGAAAAAUAAUAAUAUAGUUAUUAUAGUUAUGGAGGAUUCACAUACUUAGUAAUUAAAUGCAGGUGAAAACGAUGACGCAUGAUUAUGAUUAUGAUAAUAAUGAUUAUGGGAAGAUGCCACGUAGUUGGAAAAAGCUUAAUGUGCGCGCAGCUUCAUUCUUCAAAGUUGAAUUAAUACUAAUCUCAUAUUCUCUUGAUCUCUUCUGAUCGUCGUUCACUUGAUCAUUCACACCAAAACGCGAAUCGCACAUUGUCGUUCACUCACUGCUCGUCGUGGUGAUGACGAAGAUGGAUCCAGCACCUGCUGCGCAACGUCGAAUCAAAGCCAUCAACAACCACCUCACCCCCGCCGCCUCCUCUCACCGUUCUCCCUCCGCUCUCCUCCAACCUUCCCCUACCGCCGCCGAGUUCGCCUUAGAACAAGGUUAUAGUGUUGUACUCCCAGAGAAAUUGCAGACAGGAAAGUGGAACGUGUAUAGAUCUGCACGCCAUCCUCUGCAACUGGUGACCAGAUUUCCUGAUAAUCCUGAAAUUGGCACCCUGCAUGAUAAUUUUGUGCAUGCAACUGAAGUUUUUCGAGACUACAAGUAUCUGGGAACUCGUGUCCGUGUGGAUGGAACAGUUGGGGAGUACAAAUGGAUGACAUUUGGUGAAGCGGGUGCUGCCCGCAGUGCAAUAGGUUCUGGUUUGAUACAUUAUGGAAUCCAGAAGGGCUCCUGCAUUGGUUUGUAUUUUAUUAACAGACCUGAGUGGCUCAUUGUUGAUCAUGCUUGCUCUGCAUACUCAUACAUAUCAGUUCCUUUAUAUGAUACUCUAGGUCCUGAUGCUGUCAAGUACAUCGUUCAUCAUGCUGUUGUACAAGUUGUAUUCUGUGUUCCUCAAACAUUAAAUUUAUUGCUGAGCUACUUAUCGGAGAUUCCAACUAUACGUCUGAUUGUGGUAGUUGGAGGUAUGGAUGAUCAAAUUCCAUCAAUUCCUUCAUCAUCCGCAGUUAAGGUUAUUACAUAUUCACAGCUAUUUACUCAGGGGAGCAGUAAUAUUCAGCCCUUUUGCCCACCUAAGCCCAAUGAUGUUGCAACCAUUUGCUAUACAAGUGGUACCACUGGAACCCCAAAGGGUGCUGUCUUGAGCCACGGAAACUUCAUUGCAAGUGUGGCUGGGAGCACGUGCACUUCAAAUGAAGUUUUCGGUCCUUCUGACACUUUUAUAUCUUAUCUCCCUUUGGCUCACAUUUAUGAACGAGCUAACCAGGUCUUCACUGUAUAUUAUGGUAUUGCUGUGGGAUUCUACCAGGGGGAUAAUAUGAAACUAAUAGAUGACAUAGCUGCUCUAAAACCUACCAUAUUUGUUAGUGUUCCUCGGCUAUACAACAGAAUAUAUGCUGGUAUUUUGACUGCUGUUAAAACAUCUGGUGGUCUGAAGGAAAGGCUGUUUAAUGCUGCCUACAAUGCGAAAAGGCAGGCACUAAUUCAUGGAAAGAGCCCAUCUCCCAUUUGGGACAGGUUAGUUUUCAACAAGAUAAAGGAAAAGCUUGGAGGACGAGUUCGUUUGAUGACAUCAGGUGCCUCACCCUUAUCACCUGAUGUCAUGGAAUUUUUAAAGAUUUGCUUUGGUGCUCGAGUGUCCGAAGGAUAUGGAAUGACUGAGACUACUUGUAUUAUAAGCUGUAUGGAUCUGGAUGACAACCUUUGUGGUCAUGUUGGCUCAGCUAAUCCCGCUUGUGAGAUAAAACUUGUGGAUGUUCCAGAGAUGAACUAUUCAUCUGAUGAUCAGCCCAAUCCCCGUGGUGAAAUAUGUGUCAGGGGUCCCAUUAUUUUUCAAGGUUAUUACAAAGAUGAAGUUCAGACGAGAGAAGUGAUUGAUGAAGAAGGAUGGUUGCAUACAGGAGAUAUUGGAAUGUGGUUACCUGGUGGUCGUCUCAAAAUUAUUGAUAGGAAGAAGAAUAUCUUUAAGUUGGCACAAGGCGAGUACAUUGCUCCUGAGAAAAUCGAAAAUGUAUAUGUCAAAUGCAAGUUUGUUGGGCAAUGCUUUGUAUAUGGUGAUAGCUUCAAUGCUUCCUUGGUCGCUAUUGUUGCGGUGGAUCCAGACGCCAUGAAAGCAUGGGCUGCUUCAGAAGGCAUUCAGCAUAAUGAUCUAGCACAACUUUGCAAUGAUCCCCGAACAAAGGCUGCUGUCUUGGCUGAUAUGGAUGCUGUUGGACGAGAGGCUCAGCUUAGAGGUUUUGAAUUUGUAAAAGCUCUAACUUUGGUGCCUGAACCAUUUACGAUAGAAAAUGGUCUUCUGACACCAACAUUCAAGGUUAAGAGGCCUCAAGCUAGGGAAUACUUUGGCAAAGCAAUAUCUGAUAUGUACGAUGAGCUUUCAAGAAACGAUCCUACUCAAAAGCCAUUGUGAAAUUGAGGAUCUCCUUCCCUAUCCGCAAACUGGAAACAUUGGCCUAACUGGAAAGUUCCUGCAUGUUUUUACUGUGUUGUAUUGUCUCAUGAUUUGUUCAUAUUCUUCUCUAUCUUUUAGAUUUUUGAAUAGUAUAUUAUUAUUUCUUACAAUUACAAUAAGAUGCAUUCUUUCUUUGGUUUUUGGGUAACAUAAGAUGUCUCCUUUAUUCGGUGGUUCAUCACCACUUAUCAUCAAGAUAGACUUCUGGCUUAAUUAUUGUUAUUUUGAUCCUAAAAGUACUAGUAGAUUAUGACCAGAGUGAUGAUAUUGGUUAGUUAAAGGUACAAAUAAGAGAAUAGUAUUGUUGUGGGUUUUUAU